AUGAAUUCGCCGGGCUCGAGAUAUAAGGAUCUCUACGACGGACCUGAUCCUUACCGGCAAUACCACCAAUAUAACAACCAGAGCUUCUGGACCAGGCUGAACGAGCCGAGCGUCGUCGUCUCCCUUUUGGCACUCGUCUUCACUGCGCUUUACUCCGUCUUCGGCGCAUCUGCUCUUCCGACCACCCUGCUCUCCCGCGCCGGUCAGACCCUCUGGGACAUCAUUGUUUGGCUUACGCCAUACGACGCCUUGACCCUUCUCGAAGGCUGGCUGCAUCCACCACUAUUUCCCCAACCGAUGCUUCAGAACCAGGCGAGAACACAUGCCGCGAAGAGCGAACUCCUCCGAAAGAUACUUGGCAUGGACAGAGAGGGAGGCAUCAUGGGAACGGUCUCUCAGGCCGGCAUCAGAGGCCUAUCUUCCAUGUCUGGCGCCAUGAUGAGUUUUAAGGGCUUCAGCGACCAUCCUCCAGGACUAGGAAAUCUCGACAACUCUUGCUACCAAAACAGUAUUCUCCAAGGCCUCGCUUCGUUGAAGACACUACCUAAAUAUCUCGCCGACCCCGUCCAAGACCCCGAACUCGAUCGACAGAAGGUCGAGGCAGUCGAUACGUUACGCAACCUUAUCGAAGAUUUAAACAGCGCUCGAAACUACGGAAAGACGUUAUGGACGCCGGGCUCUCUCAAGAACAUGAGCACUUGGCAACAACAGGACGCGCAGGAGUACUUUUCGAAACUUCUCGACGAGGUCGACAAGGAGAUUGCCAAGGUCGCGAAAGCGACGCAGAAACUGUCUGGGUUCGAGUCGGAUUGCGCCAACGACGACACCGCUACGAGCCAACACAGCGAUGAUAGCGGUUACCAGAGCCUGUCGACCAUUUCCAAGAUCAGCUCCGCAUCGAAAUCUUUGCGCAACCCCCUGGAAGGUCUGACUGCGCAGCGAGUUGCAUGCGUGGAAUGCGGCCACUCCGACGGCCUCUCCAUGAUUCCAUUCAAUUGUCUUACGCUGAGCUUGAACACGGACGGCAACGACCACGAUCUCUACGAGCUAUUGGACGCGUAUGCGCAUAUUGAGUCUAUCGAAGGUGUCGAGUGCGGCAAGUGCACUUUACUGAAGGCCAAAAGGCUGUUAACGGUACUCCUCGACAGAGCUGCGGGAACUACGAGUGAGGAGAAGUUGAAGGAGCCGAGAUCGCGAUUGGCAGCCGUGGAAGAAGCUUUGGAAGAGGACGACUUUGAGGACAAGACGCUCACAGAGAAGUGCAAGUUCCCGGCCAAUUUCAAGGUGUCUUCGACGAAGACGAAGCAAGCAGUGAUUGCGCGCCCGCCUCAAAGUCUUGCCGUACACAUGAACAGAUCCGUCUUUGAUGAAAACACCGGCAUGAUGUACAAGAACUCUGCAGGAAUUCGCUUCCCACUAACACUGGAUCUUGGCCCAUGGUGUUUGGGUAGCGCCCCCAAGCCAACGACGGGCAAGCCGGUGGACGGAUCAGCAUCUCCAGCUCUCAGCGAUGCGUCUGACGAGGAGCAAUGGCUACUUGACCCAAGAUCGUCUAUGAUCGCAGGUGACAAGCGGAAGUCGUACAUCACUGGACCCAUAUACGAGCUUCGCGCCGUCGUCACACAUUAUGGCCGGCACGAGAACGGCCACUAUGUCUGCUACCGAAAAUUCCCCCGUAAUGCGCCCCCUUCGACUGGCGAGAGCAAAGAUCAAGGCGAGGACGACAGUGAUGGUGCGAGCUCACCUAUCCGAAAGCCAACCCCUGAGGAUGAAGUUGCCGAUGUGGAGAUGGAUUGGUGGCGCCUAAGCGACGAAAGCGUCAGAAAGAUUGACGAGGAAGAGUUGUUGGAUCAGCACAAUGUGUUCAUGCUGUUCUACGACUGCGUCGACUCCAACAUUAUUCCAGCAUCCGAGGUCGCUGAAUUGGAGGCAGCUAUUCCUGCAAGCACCGACAUCGCUGUAGACGACGACGAGACACCCAAGGUAGAGAAGCCUGCGUUCACUUGCACGGUGACAGAGGUGUCUGAGACGGAUGAUGAGGAAAAUGAUGCUCCUUCCGAGAGUCUUGUCGUAACGGCUGAACCGCCAGACGUUGGCACCAUGUCGGCCGUUCGUGUCACGCAGGACGAGAGCAACAACGCGGGAGAUGGCAACAACACCUCCGAACGGUCGCCUCGAGUAAUCGCGGUUUAG